AUGGCUUUGAGUGGACAUCUCUUUCUACAGGGACUCUGCUUUCUCCUCCUCAGCACGCUGAUGGGUGCCCAAGAUGUGGAGCUAAGGCUGGAAAAUGGAGGCCACCGCUGUGAGGGGAGAGUGGAGUUGAAGCACCAAGGAGAGUGGGGCACAGUGGACGACUAUGACUGGGAAUUGCAGGCCGCAGAGGUGGUGUGCAGACAGUUGGGAUGUGGAACUGCUGUUGAGGCUCCCAAAGGACCUCAUUUUGGAUCUGGGGUUGGACCUAUUUGGCUUGGUUAUAUUGUAUGCCAAGGCAACGAAUCAAAUGUCAACCACUGUAGACAUUCUCCUUUUGAAGAUCUUCUAAAUUUUGGCUAUUCCCGUAGUUGGACUGCUGGAGUGGUUUGCUCAGGAAACAAGACCCAGCUCCUGCCUCGGUGCAAUGACUCCCUGUCUGACUCAGCGGGAUCUGUCACCUCAGAGGAGAGCGCUGCCAACUGCUCAGAGCGCCCAUACCUCCGCCUGGUAGAUGGGGGCAGUCCCUGUGCUGGAAGAGUGGAGAUCUACCAUGAGGACUCCUGGGGCACCAUCUGCGAUAACAGCUGGGACCUGAGUGAUGCCCAUGUGGUGUGCAGAUAUCUGGGCUGUGGAGAGGCCCUGGAUGCACUGGGCUCUGCUGCCUUUGGGGCGGGAUCAGGUCCCAUUUGGCUGGAUGAGCUGCAGUGUACAGGAAAGGAAUCCUACAUUUGGAAGUGUCCUUCACAGGGCUGGGGGAAUCAUGACUGCUCUGACCGUAUGGAUGCAGGGGUAAUCUGCUCAGGAUUUGUGCAUCUGGUUGGUGGGGUUGGACCCUGCUCAGGGCGAGUGGAGGUGAAUUCUGGAGGAGGCUGGACUCCAAUUUCUGGUGGGAACUUCAUAUUCUCCACUGCCCAGGUCAUCUGUGCAGAGUUGGGGUGUGGCAAGCCUGCAUCUGUCCUGGAGGAUGUGUCCUUCAUAAAAGCUAGUGGACAGCUCUGGACUGAAGAGUUCCAGUGCCAGGGCCAGGAGUCUAGGCUCUGGUUGUGCCCACGAGCUCCCUGUGCUGGAGGGACUUGUCUCCACAGUGGGGCUGUUCAAAUCAUCUGUUCAGAGUAUACAGAAGUUCGGCUCAUGAAAAAUGGUACCUUCCAGUGUGAAGGACAAGUGGAGAUGAAUAUUUUUGGAGACUGGAGGCCAUUCUGUGCCUCCCACUGGAGUAUGGCCAAUGCCAAUGUGCUUUGUCGUCAGCUUGGCUGUGGAGUUGCCAUGUCUACCCCACAAGGAGCAUACAUUGUGGAAGAAGAGACCAGGAUCUGGAAAGACCGAUUUCACUGUUCAGGGACUGAGCCCUUCCUAUGGCAUUGCCCUGUGACUGCUCUGGGUUCUCCAGACUGUAACCAUGGAAACACAGCCUCUGUGAUCUGCUCAGGAAACCAGACCCAGCUGUUGCCUCAGUGCAAUGACUCCGUCUCUGACUCAGCAGGAUCUGUUAUCUUGGAGGAGAGUGCUGCCAACUGCUCAGAGAAUCGCCGCCUCCGCCUGGUGGAUGGGGGCAGUCGCUGUGCUGGGAGAGUGGAGAUCUACCAUGAGGGCUCCUGGGGCACCAUCUGUGAUGAUGGCUGGGACUUGAACGAUGCCCAUGUGGUGUGCAGACAGCUGGACUGUGGAGAGGCCCUAGGUGCCCUGGGCUUUGCUCACUUUGGGAAGGGGUCAGGGCCUAUCUGGCUGGACGAUGUGAACUGCACAGGAAAGGAGGCCCACGUGUGGAGGUGCCCUUCCCGAGGCUGGGGGCAGCACAACUGCAGGCACAAGGAGGAUGCAGGGGUCACCUGCUCAGAGUUCCUGGCCCUCAGGUUGGUGAGCAGGGACCAGCAGUGUGCUGGAUGGCUGGAAAUUUUCUACAAUGGUACCUGGGGCAGUGUGUGCCACAGCCCCAUGGAGGCCAUGACUGUAUCAACCAUCUGCAGACAGCUUGGCUGUGGGGACAGUGGAACACUCAACUCUUCUGUUGCCAUCAGAGAAGGUUCUAGACCCCGGUGGGUGGAUGUAAUCCAGUGUCGGAAAACUGCUACCUCCCUCUGGCAGUGUCCUUCUAAUCCUUGGAAAUACAGAUCUUGCUCUUCAAGUGAAGAAGCUUAUAUCACCUGUGCAGGAGGGUAA